AUGAUUUGCCACGGUUGUAAAUCAGUUCUAAGUGAUAAAAACUUUUUGAAAUGCAAUAGCUGCAAAUCUGAGUAUUGUUUUGAAUGUUUAAAUCUGACAAAAGAUUGCUGCGAAGCGCUUAACCCUGAUCAAAUAAAAGCAUUAAGUUGUCCUUAUUGCCAAAAUGUUACUCGGCGAGUAAACAACGAUGAUACUCCAUGCCGCCAGCGAUAUCAGAAAGGCCUGAUUCAAUCUCUCAACGAGUCUAUGAAUAUUUCUUUCGGCGAUGCAACACAGGACGUGAGUACCAAUAUUAGUAGCAUGUCUCAAACUCAACCAUGUACUAACUUAGCCAACGUACCGGUUACGAUGGAAAGCAUAAGUAAACUCUUCGACUUAAAGUUGGCCCCCGACUCAUCUAUUAUGACUAACUUGAGAUCUGCACUUAACAAGGACAUUGAAAAAAUGGUGGUUACUCACGUAAAUAGAGCAGUUGAAAAUUUGAAAAGCGAUUUCACAUCUACAACUGACUACUUGGCUGCCGAACAAGCUGACCUGAGAUCGGAUAUCAGGGAUAAGGACACUAUUAUUAAACAACUGCAGUCAGACAUGUCUAAAACACAGACUUCGCUCGUCAAACUACAAUCCCGAAUACAAACGAUGGAAAAAAUAUCACGUGAUUUGAAUCUAGAGAUACACGAGGUUCCCGAAAAUAAAAAUGAAAAUUUAAUGGGAUUAUUUAAAAAGCUCUGUGAGUGCUUAAAAGUUGAUAUUUCUGAUAGCGACGUGAGAGCGUGUCGCCGGGUUGCUAAAAUGGACCCUUCCACGGAUAGACCACGUAAUAUUAUUGUCUCUCUUUCAUCUCAACGGCUUCGCGAUCAUAUCCUGUCAUCAGUGACUCGCUUUAAUAAAUCUCAUCCAAAAGACAAACUUGCUUCGACUCACAUUGGCCUUAAAGGAGAAACUCGCAGAAUUUACGUGGCCGAACAUUUGUCCCCAGAAGCUAAAGAAGUACAUAGCGCUGCACGGAAGUUUUGUAGAGAUAAAAAAUACAAAUUUGUCUGGGUUCGUUUCGGACAGGUAUACAUUCGGAAGGACGAACAAAGUCCUGCCCACCUCAUUAAAACUAUUGAUCAUCUUAACAAGUUUUCGUGA